AUGAAAAAUCUCCUCGACAUUCUAACCAUCAAGGAAUGCAACACUUCAAAGGUAACUUGUGGAAACUGCGAAAUGAAAAGCGAAGAAGCUUCCUAUUGUUUUCACUGUAGCAAAUUCUGGUGCAGUGAUUGCGUGAAUGCACACAAUAUUUUAAGGGAAAACAGAGAUCAUCGUGUCCUUGCUCUCGCAGAUUUCGAAGACAAGGAUUUUCACGAUGUCCUCAAGCGUCCAGUGUUUUGCCAGAAGGAACUCCAUGGUAAAGAAGUACUCAAGUUUUAUUGUAAAGAAUGUAAUGUUCCCGUGUGUCAAACUGGUGUCAUUAUAGAACACAAUAAACAUGAAGUGCAGCAUUUGGAAGUUGCAGCCAGAGAGGUAAAGAACAGUAUUACUUCUAAGCUAGAUGUUGCAAGGGAGUCAUCGAACACGAUUAGUCACUGCAUUAAGCAGCUGGAGGAAAAGGUCCGUUUACUAGAACAUCGCUCGAAAAUUAACAAAGAACGGAUACAACAAGAGGUGAACUCGCUCAUUCUCACCCUUCGGGAAAAAGAGCAAGAAUUGAUUCUCGAAGUGGAAAGUCAGAAGAUGAAGGUGUUAGAACAGAUAGAGAAAAGUAAAGAUGAAUUAUCGGCUCAGUUAGUUGAAGCGAAGCAUUCCAUGUCACAAAUUGAGACUUUUGCUCAACGCACCCCGGCUGCAGAGCUUGUAAGGAGCAAAUUCAAUAUGCAUGAGCUGUGUCAAGGACUCCUAAAGCCACAAGACAUGCCUUCAAUGGUUGAUAUUAGAAUCCCUUCCACAGUAUUUUUCAAGAAUGACGAAAUCUCUAAAAUCCUCAAAGAAUCAAGAAUUGGGGACCUUGACGAAGUCGAAACUGAAAUAGAAUUGAAGCAAUGCUCAUUAGAAGGAUCCAAGGCAGGUACAGUGGGGUUGGAGUCACAGUUCGAACUCAUCACACGAAAUUCCAAAGGGGAACAGUAUCACUGCCCGGCGGACUUAAUCACAGUUGACAUCAUUUCGAUACAAAGCGGGCACACUGUUGAGGAGGUUGAAAUUAAUGACCAGAAAAAUGGCAGCUACAUAAUUUCCUACGUUCCCAAAGAAGCUGGAGAGUAUUUAUUGAGUGUUUCAGUAAACGAAACAGACCGUAGGGAAUUUCCAGCCUUUAAAAUCAAAGAACGUACCUUCACGCCACUGAGGUGUAUCGGAGAAGGAACUAUAGAAGAAAAAAAAGUGAAAUAUCCAUGGGGAAUUGCUGUGAACGACUCCGACGAAAUCUUUGUGAGUGAUAUGGACAACAAUCGCAUCGUGGUUUUCAAUGAAUAUGGGGAGUUUGUCAGGUCAUUUGGACAUAAUGGUCUCAGCUGGCCAACAGGUUUGGCUGUAGAUACCACUCGUAGAAUAACUGUAAUAAACAGAGAUGAUGGCAAAAUAUUAUUAUUUACAUCCAAUGGCGAAUACGUUAGAACUAUUUACGAUGGUCACUCACUGAAAGAUCCCCGAGGAGUAGCGUUAGAUUCUCAAGGAAACCUAAUUGUGUGUGACUCAGGAAAUGCCUGCGUUCGGUUUAUUUCUCCCCAAGGAAAAAUUCUUAAGACAAUUGGGAAAGGUUUUGUUGUCAUGCCAAAUAACUGUGUUGUUCAUAAAGACAAAAUCUUUCUGUCUGAUAUGGAACUAAGGUGGGCGAGUUGA